GCACAGCAGUGAGGUUUAGCCUAGCAGGAAAUACUGAGGCUAACCACCGCAGCGGUGGAAAACAAAAACCAGCCAACCCAGUUUUAGUUCCUUAUAGAUCUUUAGAUGUGAUAGUUACUCAACCAGAAGCCUGUCGCCUGGAUUCCGGGAAUACUUAUUCACGGCGUGCCUACGUCUUCCUCGACUCUGGAAGGGGAGAGAUAUCUCUUUGUAACUAAUACACCGGGAACUGGUCGGAUUUGGAAUUUCUUUCAACGGCUGUAAACGGUGCACCUCUGCUGAGCAACGGCCGUUUGGAAUCAGCCAGCAAGUGUCAGCGGGCCUUCUGGCUGCACACCAGUAUUGACAGGAUGAAAAGGUUCAGGCGGCACGGUCAAGAGUCCCAGAGGGAUCGGAUAAAACAGGAACUCUUCGCGUUUAAUAAGGUAAGUAAAUUAGACCAUACCACACAAUAUGGAGCUCCAGGUGUGGAGUUCAUGGGGCUACAUGAUGAGAAUGCUGCUGUCACACAGGCGCACUUCAUGCCCCACCAGGUUGAGCUGGUUACUUUGCUGGAUGACAACAGUUUGCACAUGUGGACUCUAAGAGGACACAAUGGACUUUCGGAACUUCUUGAAAUAGGACGCUUCACGCUGACUGGACCACCUGGGUAAACCACAUAUUUCCACCUAUCAUUUUCCUUUCUCCACAGUAACCUUUUUGAGAAAUGGCCUAUUGGCCAGAGGGGCCGAUGCGUACCUGAUGACUACAUCGGUCGCAGAAAUCUAGAACACGUUGAGGCCUUACAAGAGAACCCGGUCGAUCCAGAUCAGGUCAUCAUUGGCUAUGGACGUGGCCUCAUGGUCAUCUGGGAUUUGGAGAAAAAACUUGCCAUCCAGCACAUUCCUGCCACACAGCAACUGGAGAGUGUGUGUUGGACUGAUGACGGAAAGUACAUUCUGAGUUCACACAGCGAUGGAAGCUAUUGUCGAUGGAUGGUGGGGGGGGAGGACACGAACGAGGAAGAGAAAUCAGACAUUCCUUAUGGACAUUUUCCCUGCAAGGCCAUUUCUAAAAUAGUUCAGCUCCCUACAGAAGAAGGGCCUCCAUUCCUGCUGUUCAGUGGGGGUAUGCCCAGGGCCAGUUAUGGGGACAGACACUGUAUUACAGUGAUCCAUGGUAAAAAACACGUGGCCUUGGACUUUACCUCCAGGAUCAUCGACUUCUUCGUCAUUAGAGAUGGACCGCAGCACACAGGCAGGCCACACACACCAACAAACUGGCAACAAAAUUACAGCACAUUUAAAUAUGGGACUCUUAAAGUAUUUGACAGCAUUGAAAUGAUGGUUGAGGACAUCAAGUUUUCUUACUGUUUUCUUACUAAUUUUCUUUCUUCGUGUCAGCCGUGGCCAGUAACAGGAGGUCAGAACCUGGCCCCAGAUCCUCCACAGAGAGAUCUGCUCCUCACGGGGCAUGAGGAUGGCACAGUUCGUUUCUGGGAUGCAUCAGGAGUCUGUCUCUAUCCCAUGUACAAGCUGAGCACAGCUGGAGUAUUCCACACAGACGCUGACCCCAAUGACAACAUGAACCAAGGGACUGAAGGAGAAUGGCCUCCAUUUAGAAAGGUUGGCUGUUUUGACCCCUACAGUGAUGACCCAAGGCUCGGCAUCCAGAAGAUCCAUCUCUGCAAAUAUAGUGGUUAUCUGACUGUAGCUGGCACUGCGGGACAGAUCCUGAUGUUGGAGUUGAAUGACGAGGCAGCAGAGCAAACCGUGGAGGCUAAAGUUGUGGAUUUGCUGCAAGGCCAAGAAGGAUUUCGAUGGAAGGUAGAGAACAGAACUGAUUACUCGCUAUGUUUGUUUAUCUUUUUACAGUGCACACUAAACCCCAGCGAUCAGCUGGCCAUGGAGGGUCCUCUGUCCAGAGUGAAGAGCAUAAAGAAAUCCCUGCGACAAUCCUUUAGACGAAUCAGACGUAGCAGAGUCUCUCUAAGAAAACAACAUGUUAACACUGCUACUAAGCUCCAAGAGGCAAAUGCUCGUCUGGAGGCUGAGUUGGCAGAGAUGGAGCUGGCUCCCGUCCAGAGGAAAAUCGAAGCUCGCUCUUCAGACGACUCUUUCACUGGCCUAGUACGGACGCUCUACUUUGCUGACACCUUCCUCUCUGACAGUUCACAUAACACGCCCUCCCUAUGGGCAGGGACCAAUGGUGGCUGUGUGUUUGCCUACAUGCUCCGCCUUCCUUCUGUCGAGCAUAGAGCAGAUGAGACUGUCACAGCUCAACUAUCCAAGGAGAUUCAGCUGAUGCACCGCGCUCCUGUUGUUGGUAUUGUGGUGUUAGAUGGACAUGGGGCUCCUCUCCCUGAGCCCCUGGAGGUGGCUCACGACCUGGCUCGCGCACCUGAUAUGCAGGGCUCACACCACCUCCUGGUCGUGUCUGAGGAACAGUUUAAGGUUUUCACGCUGCCAAAAGUUAGUGCUAAGAUGAAAUUAAAGCUGACUGCUGUUGAUGGCUCUCGAGUGCGAAGGGUAGGCAUGGCCUGGUUUGGCAGCAGCCGGACAGAGGACUAUGGUGAAAGCGGCUUGUUGGUCCUGACCAAUCAGGGCGAUGUUCACGUGGUGUCACUGCCACACGUCAAGAUGCAGGUACACUACCCCUGCAUCCGCCGAGAGGACGUCAGUGGAAUCGCUUCUUGUGUUUUCACCAAGCACGGCCAAGGCUUCUACCUGAUCUCACCGUCUGAGUUUGAAAGAUUCUCUUUGUCGACCUGCUGUGUUGUGGAGCCUCGUUGUCUGGUGGAGGCUCCACUUCAUUCUGGCUGCUCCAACCAACACCAGUCACAGCCAGAUGGAGCUUCAUCUACUCAUAGAGCCAAACAUGAUGGUGAGGAUGGAGAAAAUGCAGCUAAACAUGUUAUGGAGCAUGCUUUGCUGAAUGAUGAGAAAGUACUUCAGGAGAUCCAGAAGUCACUAGAAGGAGAUCAAAUGUCAUUCCUGGAGAAUAAUGUGAAAAGUGCUGUAGCGUGAGGAGCCUAUCUCAACAGCUGAGACAACCGACAUGUUGAUAUGUCUAAAGUGGACCUAAGCAACAGAUCUUGCCUCCAUUUUAGCUGACACUACUGACACCUGACCCCUCUCCUCAAAGACUUACCCAUCCCGCCAUUUACUGAUGCUGCACUCACACUGGCCCCUUCAUAGAGACACCAAUAGGCUCUUGUCAGAAGUGCUUUCUGAACAUCUAGGGCUUUGGCUCAGUAAUGGUGCAAAGAAUGUGAAGGAAGAGACACCACAUGUGCCUAAGGACCAUACACUGCUGCCAUAGCAUGGCCACACCCAUUUAAACCCAAAGCUGGAUGAGGCACAUUACUGGCGUGUGACCGGAUCCCUUCAAAUCAGCCUUCUACAUCUGACAUGGAAGCUACUGAGCUGUUUUGUUUGGUAAAAAACUGUUUGUUUAAAUUCACUUGAUGUUCUAAUGGCCUUUAUCACUACCAGCAUCACUAUCUAGUCACUGUACUCUGCUGUAUAUCUUACUGGCCUUCAUCUCCUCAUAGAGACAUGAAGAAGAAAUUUGGGGGAUGAUUUUAAAUAACAUUGAUAAAUAUUUUGUGUAGUUUAGAUUUGUGAUUUGUUGUAGGAAAGCCCAUUUCUACCUGCAAAAACAUGUUGUGUCCAAAAUUAUAACGUGUUAAAUUAACAACAAGUUGCUGUAAAAAAAACUUGACAACUUCUUGAGACACUGAAACGCAGAGGAAACGCGCGUUUCAGUCUGAAUUAGGUGAUACGAUUUUAAUUUGUUUGGGGUUCUUUGUUGGUUUUGUUUGUUUAUACAACAUUGAUGUAACACAAAUCAUGCGUUUUCACUUCAUGCUUAGUCUUUAUAUUUUUUCAUGUCUUAACUUUUUAAAUUUAUAUCUACAAAGUUGGCAUGAUUUUAACUUUUAAU